AUGUCGAACAAAACCGGAAAUAUCCGAGCCUGCAUUCAGGCAGUUGAGAAGUGUCUCGGCGACCGUUCCGUCCUUAUUGGUGGGGCUGCGAUGCAGCUGCUCGGGAGCAAUCGAACAACCAAUGACAUCGACAUUCUUGUUUCCACCAGAGAAAACAUCUCCUCACUGGAUGGCCCAGGAUGGGCAAACUAUUACCGACCACGGGAGUACUUUGGAUGCUUCGCCGAGCCUGGGACGGAUCCGUUAUCUGUUAUACUGGAGGAAUGA